AACGUCCCCUCGGUGCCGAUUCGCGCUCGCUUUCUGGCGCCGCGUCCCCGCCGCUGCUCAGGCCUCCGGACUCGGCAGGAGACCCGACUCGGCGCUCCAGCACGGCGGCGGUCCCGACUCCUUGACCGCCGCAUUUUCCCGCCGCCUUGGGGUGCGUUGGAGGGUCCCGCGGGUUCGCUGGGUCCGCAGAAAAACAUUCGAGACCAUAAAUUUCGAUGACCAAGAUGGAUAUCCGGGGCGCUGUGGAUGCUGCCGUUCCAACCAACAUCAUUGCUGCCAAGGCGGCAGAAGUUCGUGCGAACAAAGUGAACUGGCAGUCCUACCUUCAGGGGCAGAUGAUUUCUUCCGAAGACUGCGAAUUCAUUAAAAGAUUUGAGAUGAAAAGAAGCCCUGAGGAGAAGCAGGAGAUGCUUCAGACUGAAGGCAGUCAGUGUGCCAAGACAUUUAUAAAUCUGAUGACUCACAUCUCCAAAGAGCAGACAGUUCAGUACAUACUCACCAUGGUUGAUGACACGCUGCAGGAAAAUCACCAGCGCGUUAGCAUUUUCUUUGACUAUGCUAAACGUAGCAAGAACACUGCCUGGUCCUACUUUCUGCCCAUGUUGAAUCGCCAGGAUCUCUUUACUGUUCAUAUGGCAGCAAGAAUUAUUGCCAAGUUAGCAGCUUGGGGAAAAGAAUUGAUGGAAGGCAGUGACUUAAAUUACUACUUCAAUUGGAUAAAGACUCAGCUGAGCUCACAGAAACUGCGUGGUAGCGGUGUCGCUGUUGAAACAGGAACGGUCUCUUCAAGCGAUAGCUCUCAGUAUGUGCAGUGUGUGGCCGGGUGUCUGCAGCUGAUGCUUCGAGUCAACGAGUACCGCUUUGCCUGGGUGGAAGCAGACGGGGUGAACUGCAUCAUGGGAGUUCUGAGUAACAAGUGUGGCUUUCAGCUCCAGUAUCAGAUGAUUUUUUCUGUAUGGCUCCUGGCGUUCAGUCCUCAGAUGUGUGAACACCUGCGGCGCUACAACCUCAUUCCUGUUCUGUCCGACAUCCUGCAAGAGUCGGUCAAAGAGAAAGUGACAAGAAUCAUUCUUGCAGCAUUCCGGAACUUCUUAGAAAAAUCAACUGAAAGAGAAACUCGCCAAGAGUAUGCUCUGGCUAUGAUUCAGUGCAAAGUUCUGAAACAGUUGGAGAACUUGGAACAGCAGAAGUACGAUGACGAAGAUAUCAGUGAAGAUAUAAAGUUUCUCUUGGAGAAACUUGGUGAGAGUGUCCAGGAUCUUAGCUCAUUUGAUGAAUAUAGUUCAGAACUUAAAUCUGGAAGAUUGGAAUGGAGUCCUGUACACAAAUCUGAGAAAUUUUGGAGAGAAAAUGCUGUGAGGUUGAAUGAGAAGAAUUAUGAGCUCUUGAAAAUUUUGACCAAACUUCUGGAGGUGUCCGACGACCCACAAGUCUUAGCCGUUGCUGCCCAUGACGUUGGCGAGUACGUUCGGCAUUACCCGCGAGGCAAGCGGGUCAUCGAGCAGCUCGGCGGGAAGCAGCUGGUGAUGAACCACAUGCACCACGAGGACCCGCAGGUGCGCUACAACGCCCUCCUGGCCGUGCAGAAGCUCAUGGUGCACAACUGGGAAUAUCUUGGUAAGCAGCUCCAGUCUGAGCAACCGCAGACUGCAGCCGCCCGGAGCUGAACGGGCGCUCAGCCUCAGGGUCUCCAGCCGCCCCUUCACCUGGGGCAGAAGACCUGGAGUGUGAGCCUCAGUGAUUAGGGUCAAGAACAAACAAUUUCUCAUUUUACGCGUCAUUUUCUUCUGUUGUGUAGCUUUCCCCAGUGCUGAUUUCAAUAUGAGUGUUUGCCCGUUACUUUGUAUAUUAAAGUAGGUGCUUUCUGUAUCUAAGGAAAAUAGUACUGUUACAUAUACUGCUUGUAAUUUCUGUAUUUAUUGUUCUCUGGGAAUGAAGAUAGAAUUAUUAAAGGAUUCUCACUCCAAAUA